CUCCCCUCGGAGCCUGCGGCCGGGCCCCUACUCGGUGCCUUGCUCUCGGGGAGCGGCUGGCGGGAGAGGUGGUGUCACGACGCGCGCCGAGCGGGGGCGAGCCGCACGGGCCGCCCGGGCGGACGGAAGGAGCAAGGAUGAAUAUGACUCAAGCCCGGGUUCUGGUGGCUGCAGUGGUGGGGCUGGUGGUUAUCUUCCUCUACGCCUCCAUCCACAAGAUCGAGGAAGGACACCUGGCUGUCUACUACCGGGGAGGAGCUUUACUAACUAGCCCCAGUGGACCAGGCUACCAUAUCAUGCUGCCUUUCAUUACAACCUUCAGAUCUGUGCAGACAACACUACAAACUGAUGAAGUUAAAAAUGUGCCUUGUGGAACAAGUGGUGGGGUCAUGAUCUACAUUGACAGAAUAGAAGUAGUUAAUAUGUUGGCUCCUUAUGCAGUGUUUGAUAUUGUGAGGAACUACACUGCAGAUUAUGACAAGACUUUAAUUUUCAACAAAAUUCACCAUGAGCUGAACCAGUUUUGCAGUGCCCACACACUUCAAGAAGUUUACAUUGAAUUGUUUGAUCAAAUAGAUGAAAACCUAAAGCAAGCGCUGCAGAAAGACUUAAACAUCAUGGCCCCGGGCCUAACUAUACAGGCUGUGCGUGUUACAAAGCCUAAAAUUCCAGAAGCCAUAAGAAGAAAUUUUGAGUUAAUGGAGGCUGAGAAGACAAAACUUCUUAUAGCUGCACAGAAACAGAAGGUAGUGGAGAAAGAAGCUGAGACAGAGAGGAAAAAGGCUGUUAUAGAAGCAGAGAAGAUUGCACAAGUGGCAAAAAUUCGGUUUCAACAGAAGGUGAUGGAGAAAGAAACUGAAAAGCGCAUUUCUGAAAUUGAAGAUGCUGCAUUCCUGGCCCGGGAGAAGGCGAAAGCAGAUGCUGAGUAUUAUGCUGCACACAAGUAUGCCACAUCAAACAAGCACAAGUUGACCCCAGAAUAUCUGGAGCUCAAAAAGUACCAGGCUAUUGCGUCUAACAGUAAGAUCUACUUUGGCAGCAACAUUCCCAGCAUGUUCGUGGACUCCUCUUGUGCUUUGAAAUAUUCUGAUGUUAGGACUGGAAGAGAAAGCUCUCUUUCCUCUGGGGAGGCUCUUGAACCCUCUGGAGAAAGCCCCAUCCAAAACAAGGAGAGCACAGGUUGAUGCAAGAGGUAGAAAUGCUUUCCCAUAUCAAGAUGUGGCCCAAGUGGCUCAGUGGGAACAACGGUUGUAUGGACUCUUCAGAUUUACAGAGAAUUUGUGCUCUAUUCUGGCUCUCUUGUGAGCUCUCAUUUGCCAGAUGACUGCAAAAUGGAGCCAGUUAAUCAGGCACUGAAAUGGUCUUUUCAGCCAGUUUUAUCAGGUACCUUGUAUGUGUUUCUUUCCAAACCAGUACUUAGGAGUGAGGGGAAGUCUACACUAAGAUACUGCCUGCACUGGAAUGUCAAACACUAAAGAACAAGCUGUGUUUUUCUGAGCUGAGAUCUAUUGAAUAAUGUUUACAUUGGUCUCUGGGUGCAUGUGUGCUCAGCCAUUCAACAGUUAGGAAGCCAGAGAGAAGACCACCAGGUUAUGAUAAGUUAAAGAAGACUGAUUGCACUGGGACCUAACUUUUUGAAGCCCAGUCUCAGCCUUCACGUAAUUAACAUUCUGGCCUCUGAGCCAGAAAUGAAAUUUCCCCAGGAAAUGAACUUCCAGUUGAGUAACCACUUACUUGAUAAAAAUGGCAUCUUUCUGUUUUCCUACAAUCAGAUUGGCAGGGACAUGCACUUUCCCACCCAAUCAGAGAUUCCUCGCUGAUACUCCUAAUCACUAGUUCGUUGUAUUAAUAGGCUGAGAGACAAAGAGCUUGGUUUAAAGUUUUGAGAGCAAUGAAACUUUCGCUCUGCACCAAAGCUCUGGUGCCUGGCAUUUCCUCCAUUGGGUGAUGACUGUUGUUGCCAUUGCCCAGCCCAUGUGUGGCUAAGGUGCCUGGGUUUUAGCCACAGUCAACUCUUUAGAUAUCACCUCUCAGUUCUGGCUCUCCAAGAGUGAGGCAGGGUUUUAACCAGGCAUAGGAGCAGUGUAUGAUUGCUGAUUCACUGCACAGUAUUGUAUUGUAAUUGCAGAAACUUUUUACUUUUAAAACUGGAUUUGGGAUACAUUCAUUUGCUACAGAACUUCUAAUGAAAGGCCAAGUUCUAGGGCUGCUUGGUUACUAGUAAGCACACUGGUUCUCAAAGUUGCUCACAGUGUGGAACA